UUUUGCGAAAUUUACCUAGAUAAACACAUGUAAAAAAGUCGCUCCGUUAAUUACUGUUCGCUAAAUUGUGUUCGCUAAGUAAUGUUCGCUAAAUUGUGUUCGCUUUCGGAAAGUAAACAACUUGUGACGUCACGGAGAGGGAAGGUUGAGUGUGGGAUAAAUAUUUUUAUUUUUAUUAAGCUGUGGAGUCUUAGAUGAGAUGUCAGGAGAGGGAAAUAACACAAGAAAGAAAAUCAGAGCCAAAGAUGUCUUUGAAGCCUUCUACUUGAAGUAUCAUCGGGAUGACCUUUUGAACAUACUUGAGAGUGAAGAUGAAGACGAACACUAUCCUUUAACUGUCAACUUCUUAACCUUAUUUGAAGAACAUGUCGAGGUGGCAGAGUCUCUCCUCGCAUCCCCAAUCAAACUUCUUCCAGUUCUAAAUGCAGCAUUGGUUGCGGCCGAGUCCAAACUUCUUAGCGAAUUAGGAAGCGAGAAAAACUAUCUCACUUUGAAGACAAAAGUCCGUGCUAGAAUAACAGGCUUGCCAACAUGUCCCGAACUGUUCCGUCAUGCUAUCCCACGUACAUCUGACAUUGGGCGCCUCCUGUGUGUGGCAGGAACUGUUGUGCGUACAACAGCGGCAAAGAUGCUAGAGUACCAGAAGGAGUUCAUAUGCAGCAAGUGCAAGCAUGUGUUUACUGUGAAGGCUGACCAUGACCAGUACUACCAGCUCAACAAGCCUGGAAGAUGUCCUAAUCCAGACAACUGUUACUCCAACAAUUUCAGCUUGCUGGGUGAAACAACACAUCCUAUUCACACCAAGGACUAUCAGGAGAUCAAAAUCCAGGAACAAGUACAAAAACUUGUGGUUGGAACAAUCCCAAGAUCGUUAUGGGUGACCCUCGAGGACGACCUUGUGGACAUGUGUAAGCCAGGUGAUGAUGUCCUCAUCUGUGGUACAAUGCACAGGAGAUGGAAACCAGUGAGUAGGGAUAGCAGACCUGAUAUUGACCUUGUCUUGAAAGCCAACAAUGUUACUAUUAGAAACAAGCAGCGUUCAGGCACAGUUGUAACAGACGAGAUGAGGGAGGAGUUUGCAGAGUUUUGGGAGUACCACAAGUAUAACCCCUUGACUGGGAGGAAUAUAAUUCUUGCAUCAUUCUGCCCACAGGUAUAUGGUCUUUAUGUGGUAAAGUUAGCAGUGGCGAUUGUAGUGGCAGGUGGAGUGCAGAAGGUUGACACGAGCAGCACAAGGGUCAGAGGAGAGUCGCACCUCCUGUUGGUGGGAGAUCCAGGAACCGGCAAGAGUCAGUUCUUGAAGUAUGUGUGUUCCCUAGUACCGAGGUGUGUCCUGACCACAGGCAUUGGCACCACUAAUGCUGGCCUCACUGUCUCUGCUGUCCGGGAUGAGGGAGAGUGGGCUCUGGAGGCUGGGGCUUUGGUUUUGGCUGAUGGUGGAGUGUGUUGCAUUGAUGAGUUCAACAGUGUGCGUGAGGCGGACAGGGCUGCCAUCCACGAGGCUAUGGAGCAACAGACAAUAAGUGUUGCCAAGGCUGGACUUGUGUGCAAGCUGAAUACAAGAUGCAGCAUUUUGGCAGCAACCAACCCCAAGGGACAGUACGACCCUGAGGAAUCCUUGACGGUCAAUGUGGCCCUGGCAUCCCCACUCCUCUCGCGGUUUGACCUCAUCCUGGUUCUGUUGGACACGAGGAAUCAAGAAUGGGACAGGAUUGUGUCCAGCUUCAUCCUAGAAGGGAAGGACCCUCUGGCUGGAGCAAAGAGCAAGGGUGAGGACGACUGGAGCAUCGAGCAGCUGCAGGCGUACUUCUGCCACAUCCGUAGCUUUCAGCCUUCCAUGACACGCGAGGCCAACGUCAUCCUGGCCAAGUACUACCAGCUGCAGCGACAGACAGACCAGCGGAGCCAAGCGAGGACCACCAUAAGACUUCUGGAGAGCCUGGUGCGGCUUUGCCAGGGACACGCAAGGCUCCUGAUGCGACAGGAGGUGACGGUGCAGGACGCUGUGGUGGCCGUGACCCUCAUGGAGGCGUCAAUGUGCGGGGCUUCACUCAUCACGGGCAUCAACCCUCUUCACACAGCCUUCCCAGCAUCACCCAGAGAUGAAUACAAGACACAAGUGAAGAUUGUGCUCGAGAGACUUGGGUUGUUUGACAUCCUGACAGAGGAGAUAGCAAAGAUCAACGAGGAGGAAAGGCUGUGCAUGAACUCCAGCUUCACCCAGCCAAAGCCUCAAUCCAAGAUGGCUAACAGUACAGAGAGCGAGGCACCACAGACAGUGAAGUACGUUCCAAAGAAUGUGUUCAAGCCUUCCGUGAGCGAAGACAAGACAAACCCAGGUAUCAUUGAGGAAUUGGAGGAGCAAGAGGAGAAGAGACGGAGGCCAGGAGGAAGCAGGCAGCAGAGGAUAGAUGAGAUGCACCCCAAGAGGGCAGACACUAGCCUCCUGUCCCCGGACUUGGAUGUGUCCUUUGGUACUUUGCUGGGAGAAGUGGAGGAGAAGGAGAGGGAAAGCGUAGAUUUCUUUGGAAAGAACAAAGGAAAGAAGAGUCAAAAGAGAACGCAGCUGAGAGAGGAAGAGGCAGACGCUCCAGAUACCCAACCAAAGAAGAAAUCUAAAAGAGGCAGACCAAGAGACACAUGCAUGACUAUCACACCAGGACCACAGGCAACUAAGAGAACUUUGGAGUCUUCACAGAUCCAAGUAGACAGGGCCAUGAAUGACCUGCUAGAUGAUCUAGAAGACUUUGAAAGCACUAAACCAUCUUGGAAUGUUACGUCUUCUAGUGUUGGAAAUGUUCCUUUCCUUGGCAUGUUUUCACAGAAAAUUAAGCAGCAAAGGAAUGUGAAUCCAAAAACUGCAGAAAAAUUGCAACAGCCAGAUAGUCAUGAGGGCAGCCAGACCCAGUCAGCCAAAAGGGCAUCAUCCACAUCAGAGGGGGAAGGGAAUAGUAUUGAAAAUGAUAGACAAGACAAUGAAAGGGAUAAGUCACGUUCCCUUCCACCCUCCCAAAUUACCAGUCAGAAACAUCCAACACAGGAUAAGCAAAAUAGUUCUCCCAUCCUCGGGGCCAGCACACUCUUUGCCAAGAGCAAGAAACAUCCAACACAGGAUAAGCCAAAUAGUUCUCCCAUCCUCGGGGCCAGCACACUCUUUGCCAAGAGCAAGAGAUCCUCCUUUCUCCUAACAAAUAAUUCAAAUGAAGUGGCUCAGGAUGGGUCGGUCCAAGAUACAAACCAACAUUCGGAGAAGGAGAACAACAGCACGGAUGCACUGAGAAACAUGGAAAGAGCAGGAGAUCGGACAGUUGGCAAGAGUGAGCGGCCAAGGCUCAUCCUCCCCUUCAAGAAGCCUGUAUUCCCUUCCAGCCAAGGAAAGUCCAGUCAGCAGCCCAUGGCCCUCUCUUUCACGAGGUCCAAAUUUGCCCCUGUAAAUGACAUUGACGAUGCAGACUUUGAGUUGGACUUGUAAAGUGGCAACGAAACUGAAAAUUGAAAAUUGGUCGAUAUAGUUUAUGUAACUUUAUGUGCAUGUAUAUUAUUAACAUAGUAGAUUUUCUUGUGAUAUUCAAUGACUAGAUUGCAUAUAGCAUUGGUACUUAUUAGGCAAUACAUUUUUAUUGGAAUUAAUAUUGGGGAAAUGCAGAGAUUUAUACUCGUACAUUUUCCAUGUACAAAGCAGGAUUUUUUUUUUUUUUUUUUAUGAAAAUAUAUAAUUUCAUAUACACAAAAAUGCUACAUGUCAGGCCCUUUACGUGAAUUUUAGAUAUUUAAAUAUUUUUGUUGACCGUAGUCCAAAAUCAUUUACAUAGACCAUUCUUGCUGAAUAUAUUUGUACCCAUGUUUUUAUAUUCAUUUCUAUUUUUUGUAGCAUGGAGAUUGAUAAGAAAAAUAAAAUUGAUUUUUGUACGUAUUGAAAGAUCUAUAUUAUAUAAUAAAUAUUGUUGAUUUUU